CACAGAGAGUGGGAGCUCCGCAGACAACAACAGCUCCUCCGCGGGUCCGGGAUGCUGCACAGCCAUGGGACAAAGGAAACAUCCAGCUUUCUAACAAAGAGCCAUAAAAUCCACAUGGGAUCCUAAUUUUUUAGUGGAACUUUACCUCUUUGUUAUGUUUACAUGUUUAUUAUUUUUUUAACCUCGUAGCCUUUUUAUUGUUAACAAAUCAAUGAACUGAUUAGUGAAGGAAGGGGAUGUUCUGUCAUUCAGAGAGACAGUUAAUGGAGAUGGGGAAGAGAACAUGCACGUAACUAGAGGGGUCCAGUCCCUCUGGCAGAGCAGCCCUUGAUCCAGCAUCCAGCCCCACAGCUGCUCCACCAUGUCCUCAUGUGGCACUAGUCACUGACCGACCUGUCAGCACAGCCCGGAGCCGACUGAAGCGGAAAGUCCAGCCGGGGCCAUGACCUCGUCGGACAAUGAUGAAACCGGGAGCGACCUGUCUGAAUCCAUGGAGAUCCGCGAGCUCCAGGACCAGUACACGGACCCCGAGCACUGCUUCAAGUCCAAAAGCUUGCCCAUCCUGAAUGGGCCGUGUCAGCCGGACCGCGAGGCAGCGGAGACCCGGUUGCUCAACACCACCCACGCCUGUGUGGCCGUGGACGAGUCCGGUGAGCUCCAGCUGAAAACCCCAGACUCCAGCCAAGCAGAGUCCCCCUCCUCCAGGACAGACUUCUCUCCCUCGGCCUCCAGCCUGGUGGGGCUCAGCAGCUCUCUGCCGGUGGAGGGCCACAGGGCUGGUGGCGCUGGGGCCAAAAAACUUGGCUUCCCUUUUACCUGCCUUAUCCGUAUCCCAGUCAGGAAGUAUGUGCGGGCCAUCCUCAGGGACUCGCGCUGCUUCCUGUUCUGCAUGUGCUACCUGACCUUCAUCCAGUCCCUGAUGGUCUCGGGCUACCUGAGCAGCGUCAUCACCACCAUUGAGAAACGUUACAGCCUCCGCAGCUCGGAGUCCGGCCUGCUGGUCAGCUGCUUCGACAUAGGCAGCUUGCUGGUGGUGGUCUUCAUCUCCUAUUUUGGCGGCAGAGGUCAGAGGCCGCGCUGGCUGGCUGUGGGUGGUGUGGUCAUCACCAUAGGGGCCGCGAUGUUUUCCCUGCCCCACUUCAUCUCGCCACCCUACCAGAUCCAGGAGAUGAACUCAUCGUUGGGUCACGGAGGCCUCUGCCAGAGCGGCAACAACAGCGGGCGAGAACUCGACGUGGCGUCGUGCCCCCGCGACCAGGAGGGCAACGAGCACAACCUGUACGUGGCUCUGUUCAUCUGCGCCCAGAUACUCAUAGGCAUGGGGUCCACGCCCAUCUACACCCUGGGGCCCACCUACCUGGAUGACAACGUGAAGAAAGAAAAUGCAUCCCUCUACCUGGCCAUCAUGUAUGUGAUGGGCGCCCUGGGACCUGCAGCUGGCUACCUGCUGGGUGGAGUCCUCAUCGGCUACUACGUCGACCCCACAACUGUCGUGAACAUCGACCAGAGUGACCCUCGCUUUGUUGGCAACUGGUGGAGUGGCUUUCUCCUGUGUUCCGUUGCCAUGCUGCUGGUCAUCUUCCCCAUGUUUGCCUUCCCCAAAAAGCUGCCUCCUCGCCACAAAAAGAGGAAGAAGAAAAAGAUCGGCUCGCCCGGUGACGUGUCCAGCGAUGAUGAGAUGAUGAAGGAGAAGUCCAGCACCAAAGGCCAGAAAGUCACCUCCUCCAUGGGCUUUGGGAAGGACAUCAAAGACCUCCCCAAGGCAGCACUGAGGAUCCUCAGCAACACGACCUUCCUGUUCGUCAGCCUGUCCUACACGGCAGAGUGUGCCAUCGUCACCGCCUUCAUCACCUUCAUUCCAAAGUUUAUCGAGUCUCAGUUUGGCAUCCCCGCCUCCAACGCCAGCAUCUACACUGGUGUGAUCAUUGUCCCCAGUGCCGGCGUGGGCAUCGUGCUGGGGGGCUACAUCAUCAAGAAGCUGAAGCUCGGAGCCAGAGAGUCGGCCAAGCUGGCCAUGAUCUGCAGCGGGGUGUCCCUGCUCUGCUUCUCCACGCUCUUCAUAGUGGGCUGCGAGAGCAUCAACCUGGGAGGCAUCAACAUACCAUACACCACUGGGCCGACCCUGACCAUGACCCACAGGAACCUGACGGGAAGCUGCAACGUGAACUGUGGCUGCAGGAUCCACGAGUACGCUCCCGUCUGCGGCUCCGACGGCAUCACCUACUUCAACCCCUGUCUGGCUGGAUGCAGCACCGUGGGCAAUGAGAGCACCGGGAUCAGGAACUACACGGACUGCGGCUGCGUGCAGAGCCGGCAGGUCAUCACGCCGUCCUCCGGCGGGCAGGUCAACCAGCUGCAGCUGGUCAUCGUCAAAACGUACCUGAACGAGAAUGGCUACGCCGUGUCGGGGAAGUGCGACCGCACCUGCAACACGCUCAUCCCCUUCCUCAUCUUCCUCUUCAUCGUCACGCUCAUCACCGCCUGUGCCCAGCCCUCCGCCAUUAUCGUCACACUCAGGUCUGUGGAUGAGCAGGAGAGGCCCUUUGCUCUCGGGAUGCAGUUUGUCCUGCUCCGGACUCUCGCCUACAUCCCGACGCCCAUCUACUUCGGCGCAGUGAUCGACACCACGUGCAUGCUGUGGCAGCAGGACUGCGGCGUACACGGCUCCUGCUGGGAGUACGACGUCACCUCCUUCCGCUUCGUCUACUUCGGCCUGGCCGCCAGCCUCAAGUUCGUGGGCUUCAUCUUCAUCUUCCUCACCUGGUACUCCAUCAAGCACAAGGAGGACCUGGCUGAGCGCUGGCGCCAGCACCUGCCUCCGCUUGGCACCGUCAGCGACCUCAUCUGCCACGCCGGCGGCCAGAAGAGCCACGCCCGCACCCGCUCCUGCCCCGUGUUCAUCCCCCCCCGGCCCGACCCCCCCACCGCCCUGCUGCUCAGCCGCGGCCACAGCAGCCUCAGCUGCCCCGGCAACACCCUCGAAGCAAUAACCCCGCCCAUCCUCUUGCCGCACCACCACGAAGGCUCCGCCCGUGUCUGAGAUCAUGCCAAGCCUUCCUGCGGGGGGGUCCUUAGUGACAUGUGCCUUCCUGUUUAGUGUCUCUGCAUCCCUCCCUGUCUGCUCUACACCAAUCAGACACAAGGGCGGCGCUCCAGCGCGGCUGCAGGACACCAAGGGCUGCUCAUCGCCGUGUAUGACAACAGGAAACUGACAGGUUCCCUCUGAGCUGAUCAUCAGACGGCCACUCGUCCACUUUCAAGGACGAGGACGCAAAGACAUCACAUGGUGCUACUGUGGAAGGGCGGGGCAUUCAAACCUCAGUCACAUGACCAACACGGCGUCUAAAGCACAACAGACAAACCUGUACUAUGCAACAUCCUGUGUACAGCUCGUCCUCCUCAGUACUGUACAGCUCCCUCUGUAUCCGUACCUCUUUCUUCUUCUUCUUCUUCUUCUUCUUACUUCACUUCAUCAACUCAUCAUCUCCUCACUGUCUGAACCUGGGAACAUAUCAGACCCUCCCUCUCUUGUAUUUGAGCCAUUCCUGGUUUGUCUGGUGAACACACGAGUCGUCUGCAUCUCCAGAAACGACAAACGUGUCUUUUCUUUUUCUUUUUGUAACAGUGCCUCUCCGCUGCCUCGGCCAGUACACUACACAAAUACAAAGCUAGCUCCCAGGGUACCUGCUGGCCACGUGAGGCCCAGUCACUGUCGUCCCAGUGGAGCUGCAGCGUCCUGCUCCGUUUCUCCCUUGGCACGGGAACCAUGUAGCUCAAAGCCGACAAGCGCCCACGGUACAGCGUUCACUGACUCCCACGUCGUCAGUCACACUGUGUUAUUAUUGUGAGCUGUAAUGUUUAGCGGGAGGAGGCAGCAGGAGCGGGAUCUGAUCUCUGAGCGUGUGCUGAAGCUACUGUUUGUCCUACGGAUGUGAACAAACCUGAAAACUGGAAAGGAGAAAAGAAAAUCUGCUCUCUUAAUAAAUCUGUAUAGGUGUGUCCAUUCUAAAGGCUUUAAAAUAGACUAAUGAUAUAAAUACAACAGAGGCCACCUUUUAACAGCAGCAGUUAAUCUGACAGUAACUCAGUUCCUGGGUGUCUGGUGCCCCCUAGUGGACAGAGAGAUGAUUGUGUGAAGGCCGGUGAAUGUCUCUGUUGGUCAGACCUGCUGCACUGAGUUUAGAUCUUUAGUUUCCCAAAGAUCUACCCGAGCUUUAGACGAGCCGCCAUCUUUGAUUCCUUCUGCAGACCAUGUGAUUAAAUCCAAUUGUAAACUUGAGCUCCACACAAACAGUCAGUGUUUGGCUCAGAGCAGGUUGAAGCGUCCACCUCGGGCUCAUGUCGUAUUGUAAUGAUCUGAUAUAUUUGCUCUCCUGUUGAAGCAAAGAUUGAAGAAAGGAAAAGAGGCGCGUUAACUUUGCCAUUUUCUGUGUUUAAACAAAAUUAGAUGAAUUAAGUGAACAAAUCAAAUCUGUGCCACAUUAUUUAAAAGUAAUUUUAGGGAGCCUUUUUUUUGUGAGGGAGGUUAGAAGUCCAAUAAAGUGACUGUAUUUUAUAUUCCAAACUGUAUGAAUUCAUUUUAAAUCUUUUAAAAGUUUGCAAAUAAAACAUUUCGAUGCAGUGAAUUCAUUUUCAAAGUUAAUCCCUUUUGGCCAAGUUUAACUUUUUUUCUUCUUCUUCUGCCGGUUUAAGAUUUAUCCCGCGGUAACGGCGUCGAAUAAUUUAAGUAUUGAUCGUGACUUAGUACCUCAAGUGACGUAUUCAUUAUAAGUGAUCAUCGUGUAAAUAUUGACAAACAAAGCGUAUUAUAGAGCUCAGACAUAGUUAGAAGCAUAUUUAUGAACUAACCCUCCACAUUGUAGGUAAAAAGAAAAAAUAAAGACUUUAAGCUACAAAAAAAAAAAAAUUGUCUCGCGGUGCCUGAACAGUAUUAUUCUCAUGGAGCAGGGUUGAGUUCAGAUUAUACUAUGUGUGUGUGGGUGGUGGGGGGGGUUAUUGCAAUGUAUUAUUUUCCACUAAGAGGACUGCACAAUGAAGUCGAUUUAAAAGCUGACCUGAUGCGACCCACAACAUCCUCCUGUCCGUCUGUAAUGAUUCUCUUUCCUUCUGCUGCUCCGUGAUCGCUGAAAAGAACCUCCAGCGAUAAUGGGGACAGCGGCAAAAAUAUCCUGAGUUUUAUUAAUUCAACUUUUAUUCCGUUCACCAGAUGCACAGAUGUUCUUCUGAUCCUCUGAACAUCUGGGAGAAGGAGUGAGUUAAACUGUUGAAAGCUGCAGAAACGUUUAUCAUCUCAGAAUUUCACGAUAUGUAUAUAGUUUAUAUAGUUGCUUUCCUGUUGCUGAUGGAGGAUUUGAAUGAAAUCUUAGCAAAUAGUGUAAUAAAACUCUAAAGGAGCGUUUCCUCUCUGUUGUGAUCAAGUUGCUGCGUUUUAUAUUCAAAUCAAACCAAUUCACUUUAAUCUUUGAAAUUUUGCUGAUAGAACUAAUCUGUGGCACAUUAUUUAAAGAAGGAUUAACAAGGAUUUCACUCAGUUUUCAUGAAAAACUAAUUGUCGCCAUAAUAUAUGUAAAAUGUUCAUAAAAACUUUAGUGGAAAUUCUGAGAUGGUAAACUGUUCCCAUUGGUUUUAUUGUGGAUGAUCCUCUUCCUGUAUUAAGGUCAACUGAACACUUUACUUUUUACAGGGAAGGUCAGAGAAUCAUCCUGAAACGUCACAUAGUUCGUUGGACAUCUAAACUUAAGGCUGUCUGACUCACUGUACUGUAAAACUACUACUUUGGAAUCCAGCGACGCCUGGAUCAUCACGACUACUGAAGCAGACGACUUCAGGUCGACUGUGCAACUUUAACACACGUCUCCUCUCGUCAGCGUUUUGAACUGAAGGUGAAUUUCCUGGACAGAAGCAGAAAGUCGAGCUCUCACCGCUUCGUGUUCCCUCAGGAGCAGAAGUCCGGUGGAUGUUUGUGGACACUUGGUUUACAGACGCCUUGCAUACUUGAUAUUUGUCAUUAAAAAAAAACUGGAAUAAAAAUAA